GUGUCUGAACGCGCUCAGCGAGGUCAUGAAACUGACGGAAGUCGCUCUAAACCCUCCGAUUUUCCUUUUUCGCUCCCUGCCAACAACAUUCCAGAAAAAUGCAAAAAGCUGGCUGUUCUUGUAUCCACCGACAAAACAAAAGAGGUGCUCGACUCCCAACUUUCUCACGAACAAGUGAAAGGCCUCACGGACAAUGAGGUGGAGAAAUUUUACAAAAGAUAUGAGGCCUACAUUGGCAGCAAGACCACCAAAACGCUGCUUCGGAGCUUUUUUAUGCUUGCCAGCAAGGCGAUCGGUAUGGUCGUCAAAGUGGAUGACGUGGAAGCACUGCAAAAGGACUUGCAAAAGGACUUCGUUAUGAACUCGACAUUUUCGUCUGUGGCUGGAAAUAUGGCACUGCACUGCGGCCGCCUGCUGGCGUUUGGCAAUGCUGCUCUGAUCACAGCCAAGCACAUCAAUUUUCAGAAAGAAACUGAAAAGGAACCUAGAAAGGAACCUGUCCAAGAACAUUGCAGAGAAGCUGAC